ACACCUCCGUAUGUGCAUUACAAAGUCUGUUGAAUCAUUGUUUAGAAGAAGCGAUUGUUUAGAUCCCGGCCUGUCUCAUCAGAGGCUGUAAACAGUGUUUAAUUAGUCUGCAAACUCGAUUCAAACGUUCUGGGGAUCCAAAUUGAUCUGCUCUCUCCCAGGCGACUCCCACGGCCCACAUCGGUGGUAAAAAUAGAGACGGGCACAGUGCUGUGAGGACUGAGCGGAGAAGACACAGAUGAAGAGACAGACGUACAGUAUUGAAAGAAAGAAGACGCUUCCAUCCUGACUUUCAGCUUCCUGGAAUCUCUCCUUACAUAACGGCGAAGCUUUGAUACUCUUCCCACACUCAGUGGGCACAGCAGCAUUUCUCCCAGCAUGCAACUACACACACACACACAAAAAACAAAAAAAACACUGAAUAGGAUUGUACAUUUUAGUCAUUUUAAGAGACGUUUUUAUGCGUUUUCCCUCAGCGUCAUGUAAAGAGCAUGCAGGUUCGGGAACACAUCAGCCGGUAAACGAAGAAUCAAACUGUGAAUUGAAUUUUCAAACAUUUGUUGAACCCAAUUAAUCAGAAAAUAAAACGCAGUUAGAAGUUUGAUAGAUUGGAAAACUUUCCCAGGAGAAAUUGCACCAACUAAAAGGUAAACAUGCAGAUUUGAAAGAAAUUCUCGACCGCCUCAGGAUGAAGUGACUGGAUCUGAGCCACUCAUCCUUCUGUAAACUCCACAUGAUGAAUCAUUGAGGAAGUAUUUUACCCGAGAGGUGAGAGCAACAUAACUCCAGAGUCUGCUCUUUGAAGGCCUGACAGGAUAGCGUAUCCUGAUGUUAAACGACAGUGUGGGAUCCAGAGCAGGCGAAACUACUGACGAAAAAACAACGUGUUUUCAUUUCUUUCAGAUCUCAAGAGCCACAGAUGACAAAUCCCCCCCAUGACAAAGAAAAAGUAACUCCAGCAGCAUCCCUUCUGGUGAGUCUACACUUCCAGCGCCAUGUUUGGUUUGCUGCCACUGAAGGGACUUGCCACCCACCCUCCUUCUGCCUGUUUUGCAUGGUGUAUGCAAAAAAACAAAAAAAACAAAGAGAGAUCAUAUCAUAGAGAUGACACUAUGAGGAUCAUGUUUGCAUGCAGGAACAAUGAUCCAAUUCUCCACCGUAUAUAAUGUGGAUAUGCAUCAUAUAGAAAAUGGUAGGGAUGGGUUAUAAAAAUCGAUUAAAUCGAUUUGAAUCGAUUCACCUUUUUAUAGUCAGAUAUCGAUUCAUAAAUCCAUAGCUCGAUCUUCUAACUUGCAGUGAACAGCCUGUUUCAACCCUGGCAGUAUCGCGAGAUCAGCGUUUAGCGCGGCUUUACACGGAACACGAUCUCGCGAGAUGUUAUUAGCCGCUGUUAGCAAGAGAAGGAAACAUGGCAGAAGGGAGUACAGCGUCAGCGGCGACGCCGGCGAGUUUUAAGGCUGAUGUUUGGGCGUAUUUUUGUUUUAAAAGGGACGGAGACAACAACGCGGAUGACUAAAAACAAGCGAUAUGCAAAGUAUGCAACGGAGCGGUGAAAUACUGUGGGAAUACGACAAAUCUCCGAAACCAUCUGACAAGACAUCACCCAGAAACGGUAACACAAUUGGACUCGGCACGGCUCAAACAAACUAGCCUGGAACAGGUAUUGGCCCCCAAGUUACCGGCAAACUCUCAACGUGCACGGAAGAUAACCGAGGCAAUUGCAGUUUUCAUAUGCAAAGACAUUCGACCUUACAGUGUCGUUGAAAACGAUGGUUUCCGAAGUCUCGUGAAAACGCUGGAGCCACGUUAUGUUUUGCCGACUCGUAAACAAUUAAGUGAAGUGACAAUUCCAAACAUGUAUGCAUGUUUGAAACAAAGCAUCGAAACUUUGCUUCAGGCAGUGGAGAGUGUGGCGAGUGUGAUCAGCUCCUUUUCAUGCAGAAAAAUCUUACUCUCUCCAACAAGUAAGAAAAGGGAUGAAAGGUCACACAGUGUGAUUAUUGUUCAGAAGUUUACAAGAUCUUUUGCAUUAAUGUUUCAGGAAAACGCUUAUUUUCAGAAGUAAUUCAGAGCUGUUUAGACACUUUUUUAUUUUGUGUUCAUGGAAAAACAAACCAAAACUGACAUGAAGUUCAGAAUGCCAGAAAAACAAGAUGUAAUGUCACCACUUUUUUGAGGGCAUUUUUCAGUUUACAUAGUAUGUUCAAAAUAUACUGACCAUGUAAAAAAAAACUGACUUAUUUGCACUAUUUUAAUUUGCCCUUUAUUUGAGUCAACAGAUGGUUCUGUUUUCAUACAGUUGUGUCACAACCACUGUGUUAUUGCACAAAAGCUGUAAGACAGUUGCAGAUAAGUGAGUGUCCUGUUUAUUUGUACUACUAGCUAUUUUAUUUAUAUUGUCAUGUAAUUUAUUUUAAUUUAAUUUAUAUUCAUUUAUUUUCUGUCAGUCACUUGGUCAUGUUUAAAUAAAUGCGCAUGAUGAAUGCUACUAGUUUGGGUGCAAUUUUUAAUGUAAACAAUUUUUAAUAAUCUACCAGGUCAAAAGGUUACUAGUUAGGUUCAAUGCAUUUGGCCAUUUUUAACUUAGAUAUCCCUGACUGAAUCGAUAUUGAAUCGAAUCGAAUCGUGAAUCGAAUCGAAUUGGACCUUGUAAAAUCGAAUCGAAUCGAAUUGGAAAAUCUGAAUCAAUACCCAGCCCUAGAAAAUGGAAAAAAAAUCUGUUUCGUUAGAAGAGGAAAUUAGUUUCGAGAGUGCAAAUACUUUUUAUUCGUUAAUGAGAAGUGACUAAAAUAACUUUUACAAUAAUUGUGCAGUUGUUGGCGAAUUAAAGGCUUCAUAUUUUAUGUUAAUAGAAACAUAGAAAUAGAAAUUUUGAAAGGAUUUAGUCUGGGAGGCAAGUCAGCUCAUGAGUAACACACCAAACUAGGACUGGGCGUGUGAUCGUGAUAAAUUUCAGUUCGAUCACGGCGAUCAGCUGGGAGCAUAUUUACUCAAUCAAACAUAGAGGAAAUGUGCGUCACAACGUCGGUUGUGUGGCGGUGGUUUGGGUAACUCCGAAGUGAUGUUGAGUAAUUAAGCCGAUGAGCGAGGUAUGUCAGCGAUCGGUGCCCUCAAAAACUGGCUACACAACUGGUCUGUUUAAUCAUUUGAAGAAGUACCUCCCCAAUGAUAACGCAGAAAGCAUGAAAAUGUGGGCAGAGUCUGUACAGCCUGUUUCUGCUGACGGCAUGAGUAGCAUUAGCAGUUUAACCACAACUAACGGUGCAGCCGCCAGACCAAAGCAGAAAUCAAUCAAAUCAUCUACAUUUACAUAGUCUAAUGUUGACAUUUUAAAGCGUCUUCAUUAUCUCUGAGGGGGCGAUUUGUUCAUUUUGGCUCUUGCAUACCUGCAAAAACACUCAGGACUGUAAACUAAUUCACUGUAUUAUUUAGUAUUUAUCUACAUUUGUUGUACUGUUGAGGUACAAUGUUUUUAUAUCUUUCUAAGUCUAUCUUGUUCAAUUUGCUUUGUUUUUUACUUUGUAUGUUAAUAAAAUGUUGAACUAAUCUCUAGUUUCUUUAGUUUUUAGAACAGACGCUUUAAAACUAGCAGUUAAAAAAAAAAAAGUGAUAAUAAUCCAGAUCAGACGAUAUGACAAAGUAUAUCAUGAUCUUUUUUUUUUUGCCAAAUGGCCCAGGCCUACACCAAACCCUUGAGAAAAACACUGGAGCUACCACACAUUGUCUCACACAUACAUACUGAAGUCUGACAUCUAUUAUAGAAACCAUCGGGGUUGUUCAUCUCAGCUUCAAAACCACAAGUGUGGUUACAAUAGCUCCAUCAAAUACUUGCCAAGAACAUACCCUGACAAGGUUUUACAAGAAGAGGGAGGCGUGUUGAAACAGGAGGAGCAAAAACCUCCUCCCAGAGUCAGCUAAGAACAUUGUUUGUUGGUCAUAAGUGAAUACUGAAUGCCUUGCUGAGAUUGAGCUUGCAUAUGUAAACAACUUGCACUAAAAUGGAGACUUAAAGUGAAAUUUAGUAACUUGGUUCGACACAGUUUCAACAUGUGGAGUAUUUGUUAAAGAUUCCUCACGUUUAGUCAUUUCUCCUCCCCAUGAUACCUCGAGAUCAGGAUGUGUUUACAGAAAAAUUAUACUUCUCUGUUUUUCCCUCCCCAAACUUCAUCUGCAGGAGCCUCUGCGGCCUGUUGGGAAAAUACCAAAUUAGAGCAGGAGCAUAACGCAAACCUGUUUCCGCAAACCGCUACAGAACAGAGAGCGUACGUAUUUCCAAUCAGGCUGUCUCUGGGUGGGCACGGUUCGGUCCUGUGAUUAGGAUCAUUCAAGCCCACCCUUAUUUUCGCUUCAGCUGACAGCACUCCUCUCUGCCCCUCUCUGGUGUCCUUCUGUCUACAUUACUACACUAUAGUGUGCUUUUCAUGUUUCUGCAGUUGCCAUGGAAACCAUUCUAAACAUCCCCCUGGCUAGCAGAGCAAGGUUGUGAUAAGGAGAUCAGGAGCAAACACUGGACAUGCACCAUUUCUAAAAGGGCAGACGCUGGGUAAUACGGACAGAAAUACACAACAAUCCAGCUGCUGUGUUUGGCUUGACACUUGACCAGUGAUGCAUGUGCUGAAAUACACACAGACCAGAUGUCAAAACAACUGUGACAGCAGCGUGAACAACAACUGUCCAAGCAGAGCUCUGUCCUCACAGGAACAGCCUGUUUGGGUGUUUGUCCUCUGUUUCAUAUGCCUCCAGAAUUUUCGGUUAUUUAGUUUGUCCUUUCUGUGCAUCAGUAGAAACAUGUUUGGAACUUCAACACUACAAGUUACAGCCAAAAUUCACACUUCCUUAUUUGUUUAUUACUACAAGUUAUUCUGUCAUUGCAAUUGUAAACAACGUAAUGACACAUUGCAGAUUUCUUUCAUACCACACAGACCUACUUUGCAAGAAUAAUCUGCAGCUCCAUCGCUGCUGCUGCUCACCGCGAGGCAAAAAAUAGUUAAAUCAGAGGCUCCAGCCCCACUGACCCACUUCCACCAUCAUCAAAUAUGGAGGGUCCAUACACGGUACACACAUGCUCUCAACAGAGAUGGUCACAGCGAGUCUGGCGUUCAUAAAGCUCAAUGCUGCCUGAACCACAUGCUUUUUAAACUGGCUUUCAUUCUGAGUGUUGGGGGAGGCUUUGCAACCUCUGUUCUAGAAAUGACUAAAAAAGUCUGCUGAGGACUAAUAAGGGGAGUGUGAGGCGGGUGUGAGGAAGUGAGAGCUCAGAAAACUCCCUGAUCGCCUAAAAGAAAAGAAAAAAGCUAUAAAUUAAAUACUUUGUUCUAUCAACAGUGUUGACUGAAUGCACACAAUAAUGUAGGCUCAUGUUGUGUCUCUGUAUGUGGGGGCCCUGCAAAGCCGUGUACAGAAACAGGACUGAAGUGGCCGGCCUCCUCUCCCUCUUUCUUUUGGACCGCCACAAAACUUGUCACUGCUCUUUUGAGUUCUGACAACAGAUGGGCCAACGGCUUCUGUCACCUGACCCGUCCCCUCUCUGCUCUGCUCACAGAGUGCUCACUGUAGGUCGUAGACACGUGCAGACAGACACUCACCAGAGUCUGAACAUAAUCAGCUGUCAGGCUUUCAGACAGGUUGAUAUUUCUAAAGUUAGUCCGGCUGCUCAAAUACGAGGCUCAGAUGGAGACGGUAUACACUAAAGCUAACACUUAAGUAGCCUAAUAACUGCUAAUUAUUUUGUUUAAACUCAUGCUGAUCACAGUUAAUGACUGAAUUUUGAACACAGACAGAUAACAUGAGUAUAAAUGCAAACGUACUGAGUGAAACCAAAUGACUUAGAGCUCCCCCCUGUGACUGACUGCAGUUUUUCAUUAUUAGUCAACCUCCAUUAUGUUAAGGGAUGUAACAUAAAGUAUUCAAUUAAAACAAACAAUGAGUACAUUUUCAUCAACCAUGGUUUCUGCUGUUACAGCCCGUUCUUAUCAUGCUGAGUACUGGGGAUGGGCGAUAAAUUAUCGUUCAUAAUAUAUCAUCAGAAAAAUCCUCCACGAUAAACAUUUGUCAUCUCGUGAUAAGUGAGAUAAAUGCAAGUUAAUGACCCAAGUGUGAGCGCAGACGUAGCCCACACAGAGCAGAAUAACAAACAAACAUGGCCGAAGGUGAUGAAGAAGAUGUUUCUGAGCAGCUUGUUACUGAACGAGGCUCCACAUGAGGGAUUUCCUUCAAAGAAUCAGGUAUGCUUGACGUCAGACAGUGGGUCUGCUGCUGUUCACUCUGUUUCAACAAAUGUUGAAAGUGUUUUCACAUUUGAGACUUUUUGAUGUCAUUAGUUUUCUCCAUAACCUACCACUCAAACUUGUGGUUAAGUACCUUAUUUGACGACUCCAACUGGUGUUCUCAAGACAAAAUGAACUAAAAAUAUAGACUCAAAUUAUAAUAUCUUUAUCGGGACUUUUAUCGUUAUCGCCAGAAUAGCAAAUCUUAGCGUGAUAAGUUUUUUAACCCAUAUUGCCCAUCCCUACCAAGUGCUCAUUUCCCUGAGAAGUUUCUAUAUAUAUAUAUAUAUAUUUUUUUUACACACUGACUGUUUCAAAUCCACUCAGGACCUCAGGGCUUUGUGGGGUGAGUCAAAGGAGUGUUUUGGUCAGGAUAAAGAGAGAGACGCGAGUCCUGCUGCUCUAGCUGCCUCCUGCACUUGACUUUGCUAAAUCACUGUAAUACAUCAGCGCCUAUAGAGGUUGUUUGGCUUCACCUCCUACAGUAGGCUGAAAUAAAGUUAUGUUUGUAAUUCAAUUAAGCCAAUGGGAGCAAUAUGCCAGCAUUAUUUUGUUCUACGAUGGGAGGAGCUACGAUGCUACUUGUGCACAGUCAAAGUUUAAGAAACAUCACAGGGCUUGACACUAACUGUUUUCACAAGGAGCACAUGUGCUUCUAAGUUGAUCAAAUAAUGUGUAUAAGUGCAUAAGUACUAUUAUUUGAAAUCAAUUUUAGGUCAAUUGUCACAUGACAUGGAAGCUAUUGAGGGUAAACAGCCUUUUUCGAGAAAAUCAACUGGUUAUUUAUUGAUGGUCCCUUAUUCAACACCCGAUGUUGACAGCGAGGAUGCCGAGUAGAUUUAAACGCGCUGCUGUUGCUAUUCCUGAUUAUGGAGAGUGAGAAGAGACCAGUAGAUCGGCAGUGAACGUCUGUUGAAUAUCCAACCUAAAACUAACUUUUUUUUUAGUCGCAAAUGCGAGUGACACAGUCGCACUGUCGAGCCCUGGAUCGUGCAUUUAUUUAACUUUUCACUCUCUGUGAAAACCAACAUUUUAAGUUUAUGUCAUAUAUUUUAUUGACAUGCAACAUAUAUAAGAUAAAGGUUCUUAUCUUUUCAAGUUUUAUGAUUGCUAGAAUUUAAAAUUUAGUUUGAAAUCAUAUCAAAAUUAUGCUCGCACUCUUGUUAGACAACAGGUUUAUUUCUCAGGAGAGCUGAAAAUCAACAGCUACUAAGCUGCAGGACACACAGGCUAAUAAAAACCACAGAUCUCUCAACUAGCUGGUCAAGAGCAUAAACUAUUAGUGUAAUCCUGGGAUCAGGGCUCUGGUUGUGCCUGUGAGGUUCAUUAAUAGCUUCUCAGCUGACUGCAUUCAAAGGAACACGAUUAGCUUGUUCCACCCUUCAGUCUACCUGGUAGAUUCCCGCGGCAUGUCAAACACGCUCUUGUACAUUCAUCAUCAUAUUUCUUGGCUUCGGUCUAUUGUGAGACUCAUGGGACUCGUAAUCAUGAGAUUUCAGAUUACUGGAGUGUGCUUUCUGUGCUGCAAAGCUGAAUUGAAAUCAUGAGGAUGUUGGGGAGGGGGGGUUGUUUGGCUUUUGUUGCUAUUCAAGUUCUGGUGCUGCAACAGGAUACCUGCUCAUCAGCAUCUGCAAAGUAAAACAGCUCAUGGGCAAAUUCCCAACAACUCUUUCCAACUUAUAAAACUAUACGAGCUGCUGACAUUAAAUAUAAAAGCAACGGUCUCAUAUUUGUCUUACAAUUACACAAAACCUGCCUGAGCUUGUUCAUAGGGGUGAAAAAGGACGUCUAUUGUCUGCCGUUUAAAAAGUUCACUCUGCAUUUCAAGGUACAGCUGUAUACAUAAUGAGAGAUCCUUGUUUAAACCUGAUUUUUGCCUUACAAGACAUUUACAAACUCCCGCCUAGAUGACCGCAGGGGCUAAAGCAAUAACUCUUCCUGACUCUAAAGUCAGAAAGUGAGUUAAGUACACGGCAAGGUGAUAUUUAAAUUCCUGACCCACACACCCCAGAGCCUCUCUCCUCCAUUCUGAGAGUUUCCGACAUCAAAUGUGACAGAAGUGAAGGCAACAACAUUCCUGCACAUGCACAGACAUUCCUUGGUAAGUGUUUGACCACACCUUCGGUUUCAUCUAUGACAGGUAUCCUGAGAGACAAUGGAUGGAUGAGGAGCACCAUCGAAUGAGCUGGGAGUAUUUUAAACUGGAGAUAGCGCCUUUAUCCUAAUACUAGUACACAGAGAAAAAAAAUCGCUCUAUGUUUUUACCCUGCAUCGGUCCCCACUCCCCACUAACAACUUAAACACACACCAACUGAAUCAUGAGGCUGAGUCAUCAAAGCCGCAACCACAAGAUUUUUUUUUUUAGAAAGUCAGAGUAACUGACUCAAAAAACCCUCUUUAGGUUAGAAACAAGAAGUGGAUGUAGUUCAGUAUUGUGUUAUAACUGUGUAUGUAUAACUCCAUUGAGCUUCCUGGAAACCUUUCCGUUAAAAACACAGCCCUAAUGACGAAUAAACAAUUUUAAAAGGUUAUCAUAUCAGACUCAAGAUCGGUGGCGCCCAAUACUGUUGAAGAAAAAAUGAAAGAAAGAACAAAUAAAUGGAAAUCUGAGUCUCUGACUGGCAUUACUUCAAUCUUUAGACACCCAGCUUCAUACUGGGUAGAUACUUCAAGCUGUAAGGAUUACCAAAUGACAGGCAGGGUGUAACUGAAAUGCCAUAGCUCUGACUGUCUAGCAUGCAGCCUUGCCCAGUACAGCCCAGCACCGAGGUCUCACCUGAGAGAGUAGGUAUAGCCGGUGUUCUCCGGAGCACACUGAGGCGGCGUAUAUGUGUGCAGUUGAGAAAAAUCCAUGUUCAUUCUUCUUUGUUUAGACUGCAAGAGUCAGGACGCAAGGGAUAGGGAUAUUUAGCCAAGGCUGACAUGGUGGACGGAGGAUGACAAGCACAAACUUAGACACACACAUACACACACACAAAAUCACUACAACGCAUGCACUGCCUUGUUCAGCCUGUCUCCUGCAGACAAAUUAGUCCUGCUAAUGAGCUCAAGUUCUGGCAAUGUGUAGUCUUAUUUUUAAAACAGUUUCCGGCCUGCAUCUACAUAUUAAAUACAAAACAGCACUGGCAAAUUCCUUGCCCUGCACUAAAUAAAUUCUUGCGCUAUUCACUGGGCUGAUCUCCAAGUAAACCCAACCACCAGUUACUGCUACGCUGUACAACAACGUCAGAAAGCCCAGCGCAGGCAGGCCCUAAUGAGAGCUGCCGGACAUUCCCCUUCCCCUGGAACACAACAAUGCUACUGUGGACAAGAGUUGGCCGACCUCUUCCUGCAUGUUGGCUCUGGCUGGUUGCUGACGGAGGGUACAGACGCCAGAGAAGCUGUAAUGAAUGACUUGUCUCUUCUCCUCUGGUCGGCAAACAGACAGGGACGGCUGGUGGAGACAGGACAGGGAGAACGGCGCUCUUCUCUCACGUUGUAUAAAGCAGACUCCUCUUUAGGACAGCUAUUCCUUCGGUGACUCCUCGGAUAAGCUCCACGCACUGAGAGAGCAGUAUUAUGAAACCAAGUACAACAGCAAGGGGUGGGGCUCCCUUUCAGGCAAUGGGCGGGAAACGACUACUCUGAGGGUAGAGCUCCUCCGUGAAACCUCCCUGUUUGAGUGCUGUUACCAUAACACUCUCAGAUGCCAGCUUAUGAGUUUCCCCUGCAGGUUAAUACACAUACUGUAAUAUUGCUAUGAGAAGUGCUGAUUCACCUGUAGUAAUUUAAAAUUGAUGUUUUUUUUUAUGGCUUACAAAUCAUUCAGAGUCUAAAUUCAGUUAAUGACCACACAAAUAAGAUUUAACUUCUUUAAUUUUAAAAGUUCUGCUCAUUUUAAAUUUGAUGAUAGCAACAUGUCGUCAAAACAGUUGGAAGAGGGACAAUAAAAUGCUUUUUGUAGCUGUCAUGUUACCAUGUAUAAGUAGCAUGACCGGGUAUAUCAGUGCAUAAUAGAGAGAUUGUAUCACUAAGAAGAUAAAAUGGAAAGAAGUUCACCACUUUGUGAAAGACUGGUUGAGGAAAUGGUUCAGCAAUUUCACAAUAAUGAUCCAGAGAGGAAAGAAUUUGAGGGUUUUACUGACUAUUGAUGCAUGAUAUCUGAAAACUAGUAAUGUAUGGCCAGGAUUUUCAAGCCCUACAGGUUCAACUGCAUUAAAAAUGGACAUGACUCUGCAGUGGAGGUCACUGUGUGGGCCAAAAGGAAUCACUUCCAGGACCAUGUUCUGGGAACCCAGUCUGUCACCCUAUCCAUACAACAACAACAAUAAUAACAGAUAAUAAUAAUAAUAAUCCUGCAUUUUCAACUUUGAAAACGUCAGUACUUGUCUUCUGGGUAGACGCUGUCCAUUCUAUAUACAGUCUAUGAACACAACAUGGCUCUGACCCAACUAGCAACAAAUUUAAAAUGAGCUUUCAUUUUAUUUUUAAUCAAAUAUGUGUUUAAUAUAAUUGACAAACCAUCAGGUUCUCUUCUUAUUUCAGACAGCGUGACGUUGAUGAGCUAAACAUAAGUCUUAGAUGAUUAGAAUGUGACGAGACAAAUGUUUGUUUACGUUGAUGAGACUAGACUAAAACGUUGUGGACGAUGAACAGAGUUGACGUUGACGAAAACAACACUGCAUUAAAGCACACAUCUGGUUAGCAUAAAGGCUAGCCUUUGCCUUGCUGUUGUAUUGAAAAAGAAUUAACUCAUGUAGCAUCCUUCCUCAAAUUGAGCUUAACCACCUAUGGGCUAAAACAUAACCAUGAGGUCAAAACCUCCUCCUACGUCCUGGCCAAUGAGGGAACUUCUAUUGAAACUAGAGUUUGAUUAAACUGGCAGAUAAAGCAAAGAUGGGGCAGCAAAUAAAACAGAUGGCUUUCAGGAAAUCCACCAUCAAACCUUCACCCAUAAUCUUAAUCAUGAUUCAAAUCCCCAUCUGAGUCCCAAAGCUGUAAAGAGGGAUAAACAGAAACAAACAUCCACAAGCCAAGAGAACUACUUUGAUUCAGACAGGAUUAUUUUCUUUAUUUGACAACUUUGGCAAUGAAUUGUGAUUUAAGAGCUGGAUGUGGUCUCUGAAAAUCAAACACGGACCACGUACAGACCUGCUGCAGGUGCUCUUCUGCUCUGCAGCUUUUACCUCAUUGAAAUAUAAAAGACAUUUCAUCCUUGAGCUCAUUAUUGAGGAGACAGGUUCAACAAAAACAGGCUAAUCUAGCAUCACCAAACCUCAAAACUACAAUCACAACAAGCUAUUUUGUGAAAUGCUUCACAGUUGGCUGCUGUAUUUGUCAUCACACGUCUGUUUUGCUGGCUCCUUUACGCAAACCACCUGCGACGAAGACGCAAAGUGCAGUGACUAGUCCACCUACUGGUGCCGUUUAAAUCCCAUAGCUGAGUUCAAUAACAACUGCAGAUAUGUUAGACCAGAUGAAAUAUAAGCCUUGUAACAUUCUCAUAUUGCCCCUUGCUAAAUUUAGACGCCAUGAAUUUAGACAACGCCGUCACUCCAGAAAGCGUUGACUUACAGGCUUGUGCGUCGACGCGCUUUUUCAUUAUUAUCGAGCGUGUUUUUUAACCCCUUUUCGCUGUCAAAUACACAAUUUUACAGAACAGAAACGUUUUACACAGUUAGGCAGAAAUCGCACUCGAAAAUAGGGCCUGAAAUGGCGUUUUUUAGUGUAAAGGAGCCCAGCAAGGACAAAAUAAAUAUGUAGCUAUCUGACGGAUAGACGCAUUCACACAAGACAAACGCAACAGCGAACGCAAAUGGUGCAGUUUAUCAUGCCAACUUGCCCGCGUGGUUGUAGUCCAUGGAUGUUAUUAUUCUUCAAGAGCGUAAUCCAAAGGGAAAAUAUCCAAACAUUACGAUCAGUAAAGAUGCGCAAACUUCUACCAGCAUCCCUGCAAAAGGGAAGUCUGAGGAUGAGUAUCACUGCGGACACACAGCCCCCUGAUGGUAUUUUUUAUCCUGCAGGAAAGCACAAAAGUUUGCAAGUAGCUUCUGAGUGAUAUGCUAGUGCACAACAAGCAGAUUUCCAAAAUGGCUUCCCGGGCGUAACAAAGCCAGAAGGAUCGCAGGCGCCGAGCUGAUCCUCCCACUCGCAGGCCGGCCCUCUAUUGUCGGCCAGGGCGCACUCUUUAAAUCUAUUGGAGGAGGGCAGCAGUGCCGCAAAGGCAUGAACCGGACUGCUGCUGCUGGAGCCCCAUGCAGGCACAGGAUCAUACUAUUGUUACGGCAUGAAAACCCCUAAAGGACAACUCAACCGUCAGCUGUAGGUCCCAGUAAGCCACCACAAGAACCAGAGACAAAUUUCAACCUGCAGAUGAUCGAUUUACACCUGCACAGCAUGAACCAAAGCAAGAACACAGACUGUUUAUAAAACUAACUAGAAUACUGAAAACUAUGGCAGCAUACAUCUACUUCUGCAAAUGCAAUGUGUCCAGAGCUUUGAGGAAAUGUUCCUUAACACUCUAGUACAAAACAUUUACAAAAUAUGCAUUUAUUUAAGCUCUUAGCAGUUUUCGUAGAAGACUUGAGGGAAAAAAGACCUAAAAUAUUCAGUUUCCUCACUGCAAACAAACCAAAGACUGUGAGAAACAUCUCAUUAGAAUUGUUGCAGAUUAAAGUGUCUCUGAAACAAUGCUAAUUUAAGACUUUAGUGUUUUGCAAAAUUAAAAAAUAUCCACUAUAUCUGUUCCGAGCUGGAUACUACAUCAAACAAAAACGUCAAUAUUGGAUCAUUUCUUGUCUUCAGGGAUCAAAAGUUGCGUGCAAACUCCUUCACACCAUCUGAAAACAACAACGCAUCAGCUUAUUCUUGCAAUAUGACAGUGUGCAGGAUUUUUCCUGCAACUUUCGCUCUCCUCCUGGGCAACAUUAUACUAAUAGGUGGAAUUUGGCUGAUGAAACAGAUGAGAAAAUAGUUGGGCUUUUACAAAUUACCAUCUCUAUAUGUUUCAACAUGGACAAUAUUAUGAGAAUGUCCAUCUUAUGCAAUUUGAUCGAAAACACUGUGUGAUAUACAGUGAUUUUCAUUAAGGGCUCUUAAUUCUUGACCUAAAAGAGCAUCAGAGGUCUUGGGAUAGGCGCCACCUGCUGGACAACAGCCCCUACACUCUCUUAGAUAAACCCAAAUAAUGGCAGCGACAUAAGGAGGCUGAACCCUCUGCCAGAGUCAACUAUAGCACAGUUCACACUCUGGUUAGAUAAGAUAAGACCUCUGAUUCAGUGUUCUCCAUGCAGGUACAGAAAAGCAGAAUCCAUUAUUAGGAGAAAAACCAUAUCCACAACACACAUAAAAGUAUUAGCUAUAUGAAGUACCGUAUUAUGGGGAACAAAACCAGCAACAUUUUUAAGUACUAGUUCUGAAGAAAAUGGCUUCUACUGGCAUACAAGUCCCUCCAAAAGGUCACGAGAUAGACCUAAAUCUGAGGAGUCCUAAGAAGAUUAAAAGGAAAGGGGGAAAGGAAAAAACAGCUCUGUGAUUAACUUUCCAGACUUUUCCUAGAGGCUUUUUAAUCAAAUGUGGGAUAUUUUGACGUCUUUGGAGCUCAGACUAAUGUCAAGUGUCUCUUAGGUAGAAGAGGUGACAUCUUGAUCGAAGGGGACCAAGUACAGGCUGCCAAUUUAAUAUGUUUUGCAGGUGAAAAAGGCCCACAAGCACAAGUUAAAAUCUUGUCUGACUUGUAUUUAUACUUAUCACAUGUGAUCAAAUAUUUAGGCUGUGGUGAAAAAGGCAGCUAGUAGCUUUCUUUGCAUUUCAUGUUUAGAUUGUAGAAAAAUACUCGAUAUAUCUACUCCAGAGGCAGACGGACAGGUCUGCCAAAAUUGUGAGCUAACCUCAGAGGAAAUGUAUGUAUUCAUAUAAAUACUCCACAAGGGAUGGUGGACUUUGAGGGAAUGCCAAAUAUGAUCCUGUAUUUGUCGAGUUUGUCGAGGCCAUCAACUACAUUAAAAAAAAGGUCUAUGGACUUCAUUAGUUUUUCUAUUUUAGGCCAUUGUAAAAAAGUAAAAAGAUGCUUUAAUUGUGAUGUGGGUGCAAUCUAUGGCUCCAAUUGUGUUAGGCAAUCCAGCAAUAGCGUGAAAUCCUCGUUUUAUUUUGAGUUCUAUUUGUAGUUUUCACUAAUGUACCACUAGAUUUUAUGUGUAAGCAUGGUCAGAGUUGUGUCCAAAUUUACAGGUUGAUAAAUUCCAUACUUUGUGUGGGAAUGAUCGUACGCAUUCAUUACGCACACAACUUUGCGUUUACACCAGGGGUGGGCAACCAUGUGCCAUGGAGGGCCGAGAGGCUGCAGGUUUUCUUUCCAACCCAAAACUCCACCAGGUGAUUUCACUGAUUAGUCCCUGCCCUCUGCUUGGAGGUAAGGAGCUCUGCUUGGAGGUAAGGUAAGGUAAGGUAAGGAGUGCAAUCACCUGGUGGAGUUUUGGGUUGGAAAGAAAACCUGCAGCCUCUCGGCCCUCCAUGGCACAUGAUUGCCUACCCCUGGUUUACACGGUUGAUACAUGAGGACCCUGGAGACUAGUGGGCCACCCUAGUCCGGAAGGCCUGACACGCCCCUGAAAAGAGAGAUAAAAGUCUCCAGCUUCUGUCUCUGCUGGUGUGAAGAUAAAGAGAAAACGCCUUCAAAUUGGGUCUAUUAUGACAACUUUCAAACGAUUUCAAGCCUUUCCAACAGUUAAGUGUUCGGUUCAAACAUGACAUUUCCACAAAAGACAUCUAAAGACCAUAAGGCUGCAAGAUGUCAACCGAGCCCAUCUGUACUGUAGUAAACAGGAAAACAACAAAAGCUCAUCUCCAAAGGCCUUCUUUGUGGACUUCCUUCAAGAGCAGACAUAUUAGUUAUCAGUACAGCAUUUGCAGGGACCAAAGUUCACCAAGACCCCAUUAAUACACCACAACAGAGCAAAACGUUAGCAUAAAAACUCGAGGUUUCCGUUCAGGAGCAGCCUUGUGUGAAAGCUGAGGACAGCGCACGUGAAAUUCACGUUAUCAACAAAAACGUUUAAAUACUCACAUGUUUGCCUCUGACAGCGGAAUAUCGAGCAAACGCCAGUGAACGCCGAAUUUCUCCGUUUUGUAGCGAAAGUUACACUCAGUCUGUUAACUUUCCUCGAGCAGUUGAACAUUUACUCAUUUGAAAAGAGGACCUUGCUCCAACGUUCGCCUUUCCCGCACACGGUCAUACUUUCCGUUGUUCCGCCGACGUCAUACGCGUCAGUCCUUAUAUGGUAAAAAUGACCAUAUAUGGGAUCUGGCAAACUCUCCUCAUACUGCCAUUUGAAAUAUAACAGCACCAUCUAGUGGCCACUUAUGAAACAAACUGUAAUGGGCUACUGCCACCCACAGACUUAAAUAGAAGGCGAGAUAUGCCAGCCCGCCGUAGCAGCCCGCUAAGCGACGUGCCAACGUGGCAGCCAUCUUGGAGGGGGCAACGGUCCCAUUACAGGCUUCAGAUGUAUAUGGAAAAUAAAUCAUAACUUGCUCAUUUUGAACCAAUUCUUAUGCGGUUCAAUCUUGACAUUUUUUUUAAAUCAAAUGAUCUGUAUUAUAAGCACAUCUUUUGACGUUAAUAAUAAAGUAAACCACUUGAAAAUUGGUUGAAAAAUGAGCAAGCCAUGAUUGUACAUGCAUUGCUUUUAAUGGGAAUGAUGCCCCCACCAAGAUGGCUGCCACACAGCUCAAAGGAGCAAGUUUGAAGCAACUUACAAUUUUGGCCUGAAAUGUCAUUAAAUAUAGCUUACAUUAUAUAUAUCAAGAGACUUUAGAGUAGAAUUGAUACAAAUUAUGUAUUUAGUUUGUCCAUUGUGUGCUUCAGUAGAAACAUGUCCAUAGAAGAGGGUAACCUCUGUGGAAGGGGAGGGGACCCACACUCCUUCAGUAGACAUCACAGUCUACUGAAGACAUCACAUUCUUUUCAAAUGAAUGCUAAUCAGCUUUUAUAUACGACCAUACACAACUUUAAACAAAGUUAAAGAAUUCCAUUUUCUCCAUGUCUGGUCUGCUAGAUGCUGCUAAACACUACACACUGUACCUUUAAAAAUGGCCUCUUAUUUGUGUACAAGACUUUUGUCAGUGUUCCUAAGUCAACUGAGUCUGUGCCGCACCUUUAGCCACAUCGACUAAACUUGAAUUUUGGCUUCAGAGUGCUCUAACACCAUGUCCAACGAUCACAGAAAGCCCAAACUGUGGGAAAUAUCUGUACAAAGUGAGAGAAAACCUGAAAGACUGGCCACCUGUCACUGCAGGAAUGACAGUGACGUGAUUCUAUUGUCCUCGAGAUCAGCAGUAGACGCUGUAUGUAAGGGGAUAUGACUUCUCUUGUGCUCAGUUGACUCCUCUCUCUUCUCGUCUCUUUCCUUGUCAGGAUGAAAACCUUUAUUUUUCUAAUAUUUGUGUGCUCGCUUCUUCCUGUGCAACCCAAGGAGAUGGAUCGAUGUAAGUACCACAAUCACUGCAAUUCUGCCAACUUGGUUUCUUCCUCUAUCUUUAUAGCUGAAGAAGGCUUUGUUUUAGUUGGAUUGUAGUUCCAGCCUCUUUCUGGUUUUUUUUUUAGAUGUCGAUUGUGAAAGUUGCCUCACAGCUGCACAAGGUACGACAGACUGCUGUUCAGAUUCUCUCAGAGUAUGACACAGUUGUUUAAAACAACACUGACAAAUGUUUACCUGUUGCCCUCAUCCUCUUCUGUGUUACAGAGAUAGAGAAAUCCCUAAAGGGAGCCCCAGCUGAGAGCAGGCAGACAAUAGUAAAGGGCCUCCUCCAUGGUGAUGUGUGCAAGAAACUGCACUCCUUCCAACAUGCCCAUAUUUCUAAAGACAAGCUGAUCAUCUCCUGCAUGAAACUAAUGGGUAAGAUCUGAAGAAAUAACACUGGACUUGCAUGUUUAUAACAACCUCAUUUAUAAUUUGUCUUCCAGACUCCAAUUAUGACCAGUUUUAUGAAGCUUUGGUGGCCAAAGAGCCAAACAACCUCGGUAUAGUGCUGUGUUAUGAGCAGUCCAGAGCAUGUGUGGGAGUGAAACGUCAGUCCUUUGAGGUGAGCUGUGGGUGUGAUUGUGAAACUAACUUAUUUUUGAAGGAAUUAAUUUUCCCACCGGAGGGCUGAACUUGUCUUAUUUUUGUGGCAGGAUGUCAAACAAAGCUUUUCAGCCGAUGACAUCGAAGCUCUAAUCCAGGCCAACAAGGAGAAAGUGCGCAUUUCUCAACCCGUACACUCAGGAUCACGAGAGAGCCCAAGGGAUGAGCUGUGAAAGAAGUG